UCAUUUCAUCUCUACCUUAUCUAUCUUGUUGAUUUACCAACCAGAAUUAAAUAACAACAAUGACAAACCAUCCUCAAGAUCCCUUAACCAGUUACCUCAAUCCUGGUCUAACCAAACAAGAAGAACAAGUUGACCAAGAAAUGAUGAGCUUGCAAGCGUUGAAGAUCACAAACACAUUGGCUUUCCCAAUGGUCUUCAAUGCUGUUUUAGAGCUAGGCGUCCUUGACACCAUUGCUUCCUUCGGUCAAGGUGCGUGGCUGUCAUCUUCAGAAAUAGCGUUUGGUCUACCAACCAAGCCCACCAACCCCGAGGCGCCAAUGUUGCUAGACCGGAUGUUACGGUUACUCGUCAGCCACUCGGUCUUGAAGUGCCGUAUAGUUGAAACCGGAGAAAAAGAUAUAACCGGAAAGAUAAACAUGGUAUAUGCAGCCGAACCGGUUUGCACGUUUUUCUUAAAUCAUGGUCCUGAGUCGGGUACUUUCAAGUCCCUAUUCAUGUUGUUCCAAAGCCAAGUCUUUUUCAACACUUGGACACAUCUGAAAGAUCUGAUACAAGAAGGGAAAGAUACGUUCAAUUCUGCUCAUGGCAUGAGACUUUUUGAAUACAUCGGAUUGGAUGAACAAUUCGCUUGUAUGUUUAACCGUGCAAUGUCAGAAUCUGCUACCAUGUUCAUGAAGAAGAUUUUAGAAACUUACAAAGGAUUCAAAGAUAUUAACACUUUGGUGGAUAUUGGAGGAGGACUUGGCACCACACUGAAUCUUAUCACUUCGAAGUAUCCUCAAAUCAAGGGUAUCAAUUUCGACUUAGACAUGGUUUUAGCUCAAGCUCCUCUUUAUCCAGGUGUGGAGCAUGUAUCUGGAGAUAUGUUUAUAGAAGUUCCAAAAGGAGAUGCUAUCUUUAUGAAAUGUAUAUUACAUGACUGGGCAGAUGGAGAUUGUGUGAAGAUUCUGAAAAACUGUUGGAAGAGUCUUCCUGAAAAGGGAAAAGUAAUAAUAGUAGACAUUGUUACACCAAUAGAACCAAAACGUGAUGACCCUUUCUCUAACAUUGUUUUCAGCAUGGAUAUGUUGAUGCUAACACAAUGUUCAGGUGGUAAAGAGAGGUCUUUCUCUCAGUUCGAAGCUUUAGCCUCUGCAUCAGGUUUUCUACGCUGUGAAAUAAUUUCUCUUGCUUAUACAUUAUCUGUUAUCGAAUUUCACAAAUAGAUUCGAAGUCUUACAAAGAUAAGCAACAAUGGUUCUAAGUGUGGAAAUUAUAAACUAAAAGCAAGUCUUCCAUGGUUUUUUACUUGUUUGAAUAAAGGUUUAAUGUAUUGGUCUUUGUUUCUGAUUCAAGAUUGUUGUAUUAAGUGUGUGUUUUUCUUUCAAGAGUGUGUUCAUGGUUUUCUGAUUCAAGAUUGUUGUAUUAAGUGUGUGUUUUUCUUUCAAGAGUGUGUGUUUCACACGAAUAAAGAAUAAUUAAUUUGUGAGUA